AUGAGAGAAUCUAAUGUUCCUAUAAGUGGUCCCAUACUGCAAGAAGCAAAACUCACUGUCAAACAUCUUGGUUAUAAUGAAUUUCAAGGUUCAAACGGAUGGCUUGAGAAAUGGAAGAAAAGGUACAAUAUCAAGGAGAUGAGAAUCGCUGGUGAGGACGGUGAUGUCAAUGAAGCAACGCUUAAAAGCUUGCAGGAGCAUGUGGGAAUCUACCGAGAAAAAUCAGGCGAUGAUGACGAUUAUGAUCCCUUUAAAAGUAAAGAGAUUAUUAAUUUGAAUGAGCUAAGCUCGAUAAUUAGUAGUGACUGCUGUGCUGAGCAGUACAUUGAUGCAGACAACUAUGUCCCAUUCUGCGAUAGUUUAAUCAACAUCGAAGAUUCCAACUGGCGGGUAGUAUUAAGAACAGAGCUCUUGAACGAAACAAACUCGAGUGGGAAACAUUCAAAGCUAGAAGACCUUGACAACUACAAAGGCGCCUUUAAACAAAAGGGCAAUGAUUUUGACGUGCCUUUGAAAGAACCUGAAAUUAAAACAACUGCCAGUGCAGCAACUGUAGCAGAAAAUCUUCUAGAUUUCGCUUAUUUUACUGGCAACGACGAACUUUCCCAAGAAUGUCAUUAA